GUUGUGAAGGUGCCUCGCAAACGGAACGUCCCGCAGUUUAGAAUCUGUCACCCGAUCGGAAGGUGCUACAAACGCUUAAAAGGAGUUCACUUCUCACUCCCAAUAAACAAUUGAAAUAUAAACUCAAUCAUGAAAUUAUCCAUAAUAAUCGAAGCUGCGUUCCUGCUCAUCUGCUGGACUCAAGCUGUCAGCAGCCAUGUGUUUGGCUACUCGGAGCCCAAUCAGCGGCGCUGGGCCCGGCACCAUGGCCACUGUGCCGGCAAGACGCAGUCGCCCAUUGCCAUCACCACGAGCAGGACCAUACCCGUUCAUAUGCCAGCCGUGGAUAUGAUUGGCUACCACAACCUACUGCCGUAUCCCCUGAAAUUGGUCAACAACGGACACACGGUCUCCAUUGGCAUACCCAAGGUCAAUGCGAGCAACGCGGAGGAGGACUUUCUGCCCUACAUUCGCGGUGCGAAGCUGCCCGGCGAAUUCGAGGUGGAGGGCCUGCACUUCCACUGGGGCGACAAGAACAAUCGAGGCUCCGAGCAUGUCAUCAACGACAUCCGCUACACCAUGGAGAUGCACAUUGUGCACCGCAACAAGAAGUAUGCGACCAUUGGGGAGGCGCUCAAUCAUCCCGAUGGCGCUGCCGUGCUCGGAUUCUUCUUCAAUCUCGAUGAGGAUGAGGGUCAGGGCUUGGUCACCAUUAAUCGUCAUCUGCAUUUGAUAGCCGAUGCCAACCAGGAGGCAUCCCUCAAUGUCACCUUCUCGCUGUCCUCCCUCAUAGCCGGCGUUGAUGUGGACAAGUUCUACACCUACAAGGGUUCCUUGACAACGCCGCCCUGCUCGGAGGCCGUCACCUGGAUCCUGUACUCCGAUCCCAUACCCAUCUCCCCCAAGCAAAUCUCUCGCUUCCGUCAGCUGUCGGACACGCAGGAUGGCGCGUUGGUGGACAACUUCCGCACGCUGCAGCCGGUGGGCAAUCGCCGGAUCUUUGCGCGCACCGGACACGUGCGGCACACCUCAAUUGCGGCCCUGAAGCACGAGGGCGACUAUCUCAAGUACGAUUGGUUCUACUGAACUCGAACGAGCAGGAGCAGGAGCUGGAGCUGGAGCACUGUGCCAUGCCAUGUUAGGUUACCAUUUAAGUUUAGCAUUUAUUACUUUACACUAACAACUAGACGUAACACACCAUCCGGGGCGGGAUGUCCAUUAAAAGAAAUACUCUUCCUACGCGA